AUGGAAAAUGAAUUUAUGAAGUUACAACUAGAUUCACUUAAAGAUUUUGAAUAUAUCAAAAAAUGUGUAUUAGAAUCUUCUAGAGAAACAAUUAAAGACACUUCGGGCGUUGGUAAUGACCCCGAGACCUUUGAGGUUGUCUCGAAGUGUGUGGAAAAGUGGGUUAAUAAGUUAUUCAAAUAUGUCGCAUAUAAUACACAAAUUAAUGGGAUUGAUUACAAUAAAGCUAUUGAAUCACAAGAGGAAACUUUACCAUUCGACGAACGCCUAAACGACACCGUCCAAGAAAAAGAACUCGAGUACUACGAAAUGCUGGUACGCGUCACCAAUCGACGUCGCUUGAUUCCAGAUCAAGCCAAACUGUUGUUGGCGGAUGCGAUGAGACGACAGUCGGCUAUCGUGGAUCAAAUACCAGAAAAAGAAAAAACUAUGGAAAUGUAUCGGAAUGGAUUGUCACUUUUAUCUGAUCUGAAAAAGUCUGUUUCGGCAAACUUUUCCAAAUUAGAACGAGCUCAGACAGUUGUUGAUGACCUCUUUCUACUACAUCAAUAA